AUGGACGAUCGGAAGAAAAUCGCCGAACUCGAAGCCGAUUUGGAAGGAAUGAGAAAGGACAAAGACGUCGAGAUGAGACGAUUGGCAGCAGAUAUGGUUCAAAUCGAGGCGAAGUUAAUGAGGAGAAUCGCAAAGUUGUGGGCUGAAUUGGUUGACGGAUGGACGAGGAAUCGUGAAUUGGAAAGGAAAAUGACCGAGACGAAAAAGAAGAACGAGGAUCUCGAAGCACAAUUGAAUGAAAUCCAACAAGAACUUGUCGAAGCUCGAGGAAAAAUCUACCGACUCGAGACGGAAAUUAAAUGUGAACAAAAAGAGAGAAGCGAUGGAUUCACGAAGAUCAACUCGAAAAUCUCUCAAAGUGAUGAUCGAUCGACGCAAAUUGAUGCUGAAUUGAAAGUCGAGAUAGAUUCCAAAGUCGCCGAAAUGUCAAAAAUCAUCUCCAUGAAAAUGGCUCAAAUUGAGACGGAUUUAAUGGGGGAAAACGCCGAGACGAAGAAGAAGAACGACGAUCUCGAAGCACAAUUAAGACUUCAAAAUACGGAAGUGAGAGACGGAAAAGCCAACAUUGGAGAGCUCGAAGGGAAAAUCAACGCGUUGGAGAGCAAAAACUUUGAUCUCGAAACCCAAAUAAAUCGGACGAUCACUUUCUUGGAUCUGGAUGGAUGGUCGUAUUUGGCAAAAACCGCUUCAUGGUACAAGGUUGUCGACCAACCAAUGACAUUCGAUGAAGCCAAGGCAUAUUGUGCGAUUCGAAAGAGCCAUUUAGUCUCCAUUCAAAGUCAAGUAGAGAAUGAUUUUGUCCAAGAACUCGCGAAAGCUGUUGAUUCGAAUGCUGGGUUCUGGAUCGGACUAAAGAAAAAUCUGAACAAAGGAAAUGCUUUUGAAUGGACGGAUCGGAGUUCGGUGGAUUUCACGAAUUGGUUACCGGGAUAUCCGGAUUCGGAGACCCACGCUGUGGAUGAGGCCUUUCUCGGCGAAAUCAUCUUCAAUCCUCCCAUUCAGGAGAUGGAGCUCGUUGAAAAGGUU